CCAGGCCUGAGCCCGCGCAAAGGAUCAACAUUCGAUCGUGAUACACAUGUGCCCAUCCUACUGAUUCCCACCAAACCCACCAGCUCUCUUCAGCGUAGCUCUUCUAACCCUCUCACUAGACUUGUCUCAAAGCAAAGCAGAAGUGCCUCGCUUUUCACAACUCCUACCACCAGCUCAAUCACCAAGAGCGCGUUUAUGAGCCUCGCUAACCUCAACAGCUACGACCCCUUCGCCGAUACUGGCGAAGACCAGAUAAAACAAGUCGAUACAGAGGCCGCCGAGAAGAAGGCUGCUGCCGCUGCAAAAGGUGCGGACAAGUACAUCCACAUUCGUAUUCAGCAGCGUAAUGGACGCAAGACUUUGACAACCCUUCAGGGCCUGCCAAAAGAGUAUGACAGCAAGAAGCUGAUCAAAGCAUUCAAGAAAGAAUUCGCCUGCAACGGCACUCUGGUCGAUGACGAGGAGAUGGGACAAGUGAUCCAAUUGCAAGGAGAUCAACGUCAAAAGAUUGCAAGCUUCUUGAUCGAGGAGAUUUCCAUUCCCAAAGCCGACGUCAAAGUGCACGGUUUCUGAGCGAAUCAAGCCCCAUCACCCUCUUUCAUCUUCAAAGAGGGCCACCUCCUCACUCCGACACACUAUCACUCCCUGCGAAACCUUUACACGAGCAGAGACGCCCAAGACCGCUGGCGUUCAACGCCUUCUCUUCAAAGUCUUGCCUUCCCACAGCUCAUCAUGAUUGUCAGGCAGCGAGAUACGCCUACGGGCGCCGGCCCCCCUACUUCAGCAGACCCGAGAAGUGCAAUAAUGACAAUCAGAUGAUGGCGACUUGCACGAGAGCAACGUCAGUAGCGUUCGCACCAAGACGCUGGGUGACCAUUGCGAUUCAAAGCGCACGAGGCUCUCGACUGGGUUGGAUGGCUUAACGAAAGGAG